UUUUAAAGGUGUCUCCCUGUCUGUUCAGGUGGUCCUCUUCCUGUCUGUGUGUGAGAGGCUCGCCUUCUGUCCCGCCGCAGUAAUGGAGGCAUUCGCUUUAAAAGUGAUAGAAAAUCCCAAAGCUCUGACACUGAAAGACCUGCUCUGUGUGGUCAAGGUUUACUCCUCUCUCAACUACGAUCUGCAGCACAGGAAACAGCAGUUCCUGGAUAGUCUGAUCCCGGCUCUGGUCUCCUAUCUGCCCAAGAUGUCCAGCUUUGAGUUAUUGAAGGCGGUCUAUCACCUGUGUCUACUGGGCCACUUCCCCUCUGCACUCCUGGAGCCCCUCCUGCAGAGCAGCACACUGGAGAAGUUUAAAUCCACAGAUCCCAAUUACCUCGCCAACCAGGAGAGGAUGUUUCAAACGGUGAACUUGUGCCUCCAUCUUGAGCAUCCCGUGCUCCCUCAGCCCCUGACGGUACCCCCCGCUGUCCUGGGAGCCCCCGUCCUGGACAGUCGAGCUGUGAUCCCGGAGCUCUCGCAGUGCCUGCAGAGUGUGAUGGAGGACCAGGCGAACACCACUCUGCAGGAGAGGGUGUUGCUGUUGGGCUUCUACUUCAUAGAUGGAGUGAUAACCAAACCUCUGACGUCUGAGACUGAUAGCGGCAGUGCAGAGAGCAGACCGAGGUAAGAUCAGUCUGCAGGAGAUAACAUCAGCGGACACUUUAACACGUCUUCGUUGGUAUUUUGUUUUUGAUUUAUCGUGAUUAGGUGAGUUUGUCGUGACGAAAGGUGGAGAGGAUGUUCAGUCAGUCGGGCAAAUCUGAUUCCACCAUUUUUUUUACAGAUUCUUUAAUAUCAUUUUGAACUCAUUUCAAGAUUUAGGUACAAUCUUUAGUCACUUGCUUUCACUGAGGAACACAGGAUGGUAACAAUUUAAGACAUGUAUUGAAAAUGAUGUGUUAAAAGGCUUAUCCAGCAACUACCAACAGCUAAACAAAUAUAACUUUAAAAACGCUUUUUUCAUUUGAAACCAAGACAAAAAAACCUAUUAAAAAUCAAAGAAACGUAAUAACCCUGCCGUGUAAAGGUUAGUUGUCUUAACAUUUCUGUCUUUU